GACGUCUGCGAUUUAAAGAGCAUCAGACCGGGCGUUGUUAUUUCCAGCCAUUCUGCGCCUAGCUGCUGCCUAGUUCCAGUGCGAACGCUUUUGAACCUCGCUCCACGUCAGUAUCUGACAGCGAAUAUUCCGACCACCUAUGGUAUCCGGAAAACGAAGAAUUAAAAACGCGGCGAAAAUAGUUCAAGCGUUCUGGAUCCUUAUCUACACACAGAACCAGGUCGCUUCUGAUGACAUCAAUAAUAAAGGUUGCGGCAUAUUUUCCUCCUCUGGAAGAAUUGUUGGUGGCCAUCUCGUACAUAGGAAGGACCAAGUACCAUGGGUUGUGCAAUUAGGUUUGCCUUCCAUGUACAACGCAACCUACAACGCCAGCAAGUUUUGUGGAGGAAGUAUCAUUUCCGCUCGCUUUGUACUCACUGCGAGCCAUUGCAUUGCCAAGCGGCGGAUCUACCUUGACGGAGCCGUAAUUAUCUACAACAGCACUGAAAAACUUCGAGGCUCAAGAGUUGGCAUUGCCGCCUUAUUCAGCCAUCCUUCAUACAUUCCUGGAGAACUUGGUCAUGACAUCGCGUUGGCAAAGACAACCGAACCGUUUAAGUUCGACAGAUUUGUAAGACCGGUUUGCUUACCAUGGAAACAAAGCAACCUUGCGGGAAGAAAAGCUGCAAUUUCUGGCUGGGGGAGACUGUCCGCACGCAACAAGAGUGGCUUGGACUUGCUUCGCAUCACCCAGAUGAUACUUCCUUACAACCGUUGUAAGGAAAGCUUCAGCAAAGAAGAGCUUGCCAAAAGGCUAACCCGGGACGACGUGUUGUGCGCGAGAAGAAAGGGAAAAGGAAUAUGCAAGGGAGAUUCCGGCGGGCCACUCACCGUCCUCGGCAAAGGCGGCAAAGCGGUUCAAGUGGGCGUCGCCGCUUUCGCCUACGGCUGCGCCCAUCCGACCAAGGCGGAUUUCUACACGCGCGUCUCGACGUACGUUCCUUGGAUAAGAGAGCAGCUGGCAGCGUCUGAGGAAAGCGGCAGCUAGGAAGCCAACGCAGAGCGGAGAGGAAACACAAGAGUCAUCAUCAGGUUGCAAUUAAUAACGAAAUGGAAUGUGCACAAGAUUUUAGUUUGUCUUUAUUUUUUUUUACCAAAUAAAUGUGACGAAAAUGUGA